GGAGAGUUAGAAAAUUUAAUUUACAUGAACUUCAAACUUAUAAUACAAAUGUCUUAAAGACCAAGACUUCCUUUAUCUUUUUUUCCUUCUCGGUAAAUGGAGUAUAAAAAAAAAAGGUAAGACCAAAAUUGACUUUAAUACUUAAUAUCAUCUCAAUACACUUACUAUCAUAUUAUUUACAUUUAUUGUUCUUAUUUAAUGGUCUUUUUUUAUUUAUUAAUAUUAUCAAUCAAUCUUAAUAUUUACUUGGGCCUUGGCCUUGGGCGUUUACUUUUACAUUUUACUGGCUUUUAAAAAGUUAAAAAAAAAAAACAACAACUUUCACUUCAACUUAAGGACAAAAAGACAUUUUUUGGGGUAAACUGCAUAAGUAUAAGUAUCUACAGUCUUUUCACACUCGCAUCAAAUUUCAAAUUACUUGCCAUGAAUGCAUCAACAUCACGAAACAUGGGGUGACAAUUCAAUUACCAUAACAACUGCCCCUAAUUAACGACCUAACGUACAACAAAUAAAAAUAAUAUAAAUGUAAUAGUAUAAAUAGAAUAGGCUGUCAAUUCAAUGGUACAGCCUAGAGGAAGAUUAUCCUUGCAUAGCGCCAACUGAAGUGAUUGGCACUGAAUGUAAAUAGAUGGAAAGUGAGUGAUUCUCUGAAAGUGAAUUAAAACUUAAAAGUAAUAUUAAGAUGAGUAAUGAUUCAGACUUAAAGACUAUAACUAUAAGUCUUAUUAAAGACUUACUAUUCCUACCUUAUCGGCACUGAAUGUAAAUAGAUGGAAAGUGAGUGAUUCUCUGAAAGUGAAUUAAAACUUAAAAGUAAUAUUAAGAUGAGUAAUGAUUCAGACUUAAAGACUAUAACUAUAAGUCUUAUUAAAGACUUACUAUGCCUACCGUAGCCUGCUGUAGCUAGGGUUGGUGUCACCUGGUGCGGUAAACUCAUGGUGUCAACCAUCACCCCAACUUCCACAGUGGAUUUGUUAAUAAGUCCAGGGUAUGACAAGAACAAAAACAAAUUAAUUGAAGGUCAGGAGGUAAAUGUAUUUUAAAGAACUGUAACAGCUUUAAGCUAUAGUUAUUUUUACACUAUAGUAUAGGCCUAUUUACUUUAUUUAAAAUUUUCCUUUCCAUGUUCUUCAAAGCUGCAAACCUGUCAAUCACUUGAUCAAAAUGAUAUCAGAACCAGAUCUGAAAGCCUUAACUGUCCCAUAGUGGAUCUUAAAUAGUUCUUGAUAAGCCUUAGUUUUCAAAAGCUCAUCUCACAUGAAGACACAGAGACACGGAUCGCAAGAAACAACUGAAGGCUUAGCGAAAGUAUUGGAUAUAUUCUAUUAAGUUCCAUUAACUUAUUAGUUUCAUAGCAUCAAAUACUGAGCAGUCCAUGAAUUUGUGAAAUUCAAUAUCAGCUGCCUUUAGGUGUCUUCUAACCCUUGGUAUUUCUUUUAAAAUUUCACUUUCUGAUAAUUCAUCAUAGAAAGAGGUUAAUUUUGGAAUGGACACCAAUAAGUCCUCUUCACUUGCUGAUAGUAGACUCAUGGGUUGAACAGCCCCAAACCUAUCUGCUACUUCCUUUAUCGCUGAAAAUCUGAUCUGGAGUUCAGAAUGAAAGCCAUCAAUGCACUCCAUCAUCCCCCUACUGUUUUCUUCUCGCAGAGAGUGAGAGAGAUAGUUAAGCCUCUAUUGAUUGUUCUCCUGCCAUUCUCUUCUUAAACUCUAAUCUUCUCUCUACCAAAACUCCAUAUCAGUCUGAUUUUGAAAGUUUCUUUUCAAUAGCAUGUUCCAACAAGUGACAACCCUUCUCGUGCAGAAACAAUUUUAAGGCCUCUAGGUUGGUCACCUCUUUAUCAAGAAACUGCUGUGUUGGAUGAACUUCCUCAAGUAGAUCAGCCCAAAAGGUAAAGGUAGCAGAUAAACGUGAAAUCAAAGAAAGCAUGAAAAAGACCUUGUGCUGUAUGAUGAUCGUACGACUGUGAAUGUUAAGGGGCAGUACUAGUGACAAAUGUGCGAAAAUAUUAUUUUUUUUAGUAUUUUUUGGGUUUCGACAUAUUUGGUUUCAAAAACCAUUUAAAAAAAAAAUUAAUUAUCAAAAGAUAUUAGAAAUUUUUGUAAAAUAUUGUUUUGUUAACCCUAUAAAUGGGUAAAAUUUCAUUUUUUUAAUAUUUUUAAUUUUUACCGUUUCGAUUUAUGGACUUAGGUAAGCCUGACAAUAUAGUAUUUGUCAAUGGAAAGUUUUAUUUCUCAGAACUUAGAUAAAUAUAAAUUCCAGUCACUUACGACAGUUACCGAACACACAUCAAUCUUCGUUGAAUAAUGGUCAAAACGACUUUUUUCUGACCUAAUUAUAGGGUCACCUAAUUUCUGACUCAUCAAUCUUAAACUUAAAAUAAAGCAAUGCAUUUGGAUUGGUUACACGUGUGGAAAAUUUACAUGUGAACAGUUAUCCUUUUAUGAAAUUCGGUUAGACAGAGUAGAGUGUGCUCUGUAAAUAUGCAAUUUUUCAAUUUGGUGUCAUCCCCUUUUGUAACAUUUAGUAAACCUAAUGUUUUGUUUGAAAAUGUUACUGCUGUUUUUUCUGUAAACAAGGUUUUGCGUAUUGGUUUCACCUGUUUAAUGAAGAGGUCUAAUUUUACUUGAAAUGAUUUCAGAUGUGAAUACAUAUCACAGAUAAGGUUUUUUUAUCCUUGAAAUUGUUUUUUGAAACACCCACGCUGAUGACAACAUCAAUAUAAACUACCAAACCUACAGUGGCUACUUUCAAAUAUCUAGGGGUGACAAUAAAUGAACACUAUGAAAUAAUGUCAGAGGUGAAAGAAAGGAUAUGGAUUGAUCCAAAUGGAAGGAUGUGGUGGAGCAGGCCUGGGCCCUACAUGGGCUGUAGUGCUCCUGAUAAUGAUGAUGACAUUUUCCAUUGACAUUGUUGAGUAGCUCUGUUAAUCUUUCUUCAGAAAGCCAAAGGGCCAUAUCCAUUCUGCAUCUUUGAGCUCUGGUAAUUCUUUGUUUAUUGAAAGCAUAUAAGCAGAAACCUGUAGAAGUGAGCCAUUAAAACAUUUCAGCCAACUGAUGCUUAUGUGGUACAGAAUAUCUUCAUAGGCAACAAUUAGCUAGUCAAAAAUUUGUGAAAAUGUAUGUGGGAUUUGUGCAUGAGCUGUUAUGAAGUUAGCAGUAAAUUAUUACAGUGAGUCCAACUUCAGUGAUUUACAACACAGCACUUGUUGAUUUAUUAAGGAUUGCGGAGUUUGCAGCUAUUGAAUGCGAAUGGUUGCUUUUCAGGGAUUUUCAGUUACAGGCAUUUCACUGGUACACUUUUAAAGCUUUAUCACUCGGCUACCUCACACCAGAACAUGAUAAUGGUAUUAAAACUUCAGCAUUACCAAGGAAAACAUCAACCCAGGGACUCUGGAAAGAUGGGACUUGUCAAUCUUGAAUGGUGGCUCACCUAAGAAUCAGAAAAGUCUGAUUGUAAAACUCUGCAAAAUUUUGAGAGGAGUCUAGUGUAUGUGGUAGGACAAUAAACUUUUAAAAUUUCUGGCCUCUGGUGCCUAGCUGUAACUUUGAAUUGAUGUUCUAAUUGGAUUCAUCAGCUGCUUGGCAAGGGCGAUCUGCUGACUAUCCUGGCUUAUACCAUUGGCUCCUUGAAAUUCACAUAUGCCCCUAAAAAAGAGAACUUUCAGAAAAGAAAUCUUUAUUAACUUAUUGAUACUUUUUGUUCAAUACUUCUAUACUUUAUUUUUCAUAGCUUCAAAAUGGGAGUAAUUCAUCUGCUAUUGUAGCUAGUAGCAUAUAUCAUAUAUAUAUAAAAGUGAACAUUGUUUGUGGGUUUGUUUAUUUGUUUGUCCCACAAAGGCUUUUACAUGGAUUGAUGGAUCUUGACCAUACUUAGCAGCACAUAUAUCCAUCAUUAUCCAGAAGGAACUCUUGGGGAGUUAUAAACUUUUAAAAACAUUCCGUUUGGGGCUGGUGGACACUCCUACAUGAAUUGAUGGAUCUUGACCAAAAUUAGUACAGACGCACUUGAUUAUCCAUAUUCAAAUACCUAAGGGUACUGAACUCAAAACAAAAUCUAUCUAUGGCAUUUUUAAACCGAUCUUAAAUGCGACAACUUUUAAAAUUUAACUUUAUUAUAUCUCUCACUGAUUUUUAGAGGGCCCCCUAUCUCUGGCAUAACUAAAACUGUACACUUAUGGAAUGGGCCCCCACCGGGGGCCCCUCUUUUAACUUAAAGGAAAAAUAGUUAAAGUUCUGGCCUCUAGAUAUAGAAUUUUUUUUUAUUCAACUUUUUCUAUCCUUUUUUUAAGUUUAUAUAGAUGCCUUAUCAUGUUUAUUAAAUUUCAUUAACUUUCAGUGAGUUUCCUCGAAUUUUGUGGAAUAAGAAAUUAAUAUAAUUUUGGAUGCGUCUCGAAAUUUCCAAAUUAAUCUUCCAUUAUUAAUUAUAGCCUAAGCUUUUUUGAGAAAUGAAGUUGAGGGCUUAGAUUAAGGUAUACACUACUAUGUGUACUGAUGGAUCUUGGCCAAAAUUGGUAAAUACACCCUUCAUAAUCCCACUGGGAUCAGGAUCUCACCAGGAAUGUGAUCCCACAGAGGAACAGGAUCCUAACGGAGAGCGGGAUCCAAAUGAGUAAACAUGAUCCCACCUGGUUACAGUAUCAAAAAAGAGCAUAGAUCCCAUCAUGAAGGGUGUCUCAUGGGGAAAGGUAUCCCCGCAAGGAAUGGGAACCCACUGGGAAACAGAAUCCCAGCAAAGAACUGGAUCCCACUGGUAACGGAAUCAAACUGGGAAUGGGAUCAUAUCGGGGAAUGAUAUACCUUCUGGCAAAUGGGAUCCCAUCGGAGGAGUUCCCACCGAGAAACUGGAUCCACAGAGAACGGGAUCCUAACGGGAUCAGGAUCCCACCUGAAAACGGGAUUUUACCAGGAUCCCACCAGGAAACAGGUUCCCAAUGGGAAAUGGGACCCACCAGACUUCCACCGGUAUUGAGUUCCCAUGGUAUCAGGAUUCCACUGGGAUCAUUAUCACACCGGGAUUAUGAUCAACCGGGAUCAGGAUUCCACCAUGUUUGAGAUCCCACCCGGAAACGGGAUUACACCGGGAACACACAGGGAUUAUCUAAUCAGGUUUCCACCAAGAUCAGGAUAUCGAUGACAUUGGGAUACCAACGUGAUCUGGAUACCAAUUAGAUCGGGAACAUACUGUGAUUGGAAUAUCAAUGGGAUCCCACCGGAAUCGGGAUCCAUAUGGGGUCGGGAUCCCUCUGGAUACCGAUAUACUAUUGGAAAACGGGAUCCCAUCGGGAACGAAAGGUUUAAAAAAGUAAUUUCUUUUUUACUAUAAGGGUGCUGUUUUUUUACAAUGCGCUUAAUUUCAAUGUUAAUUAAAAGUAUGCAGAAGUUGUUGUCUUUUCCGAAAGCCAACCUUGGCAACACCAGGUAUAUUGACUAGUAUAUAUAUAAAAUGUAUUGAAUGUCAUAUUAUAAGAAGCUAUGGUAUCUUUGUGGACAAAUUUUUAUGUUUUAAAACUUUUAAUAAUAUAGGUAUUUUAAAAUUUUUUCAGCAUAUAAACAUCAUAAUGGAUCCAAAUGCUGCCCCAGCACAUUCUAGCAGUGUAUCUUCUUCAAUGGCACAAGCUACAGAAGAGGAGUUUGAGUGUGCUGUUUGUAUGGAAUGUUUUACACAACCCACUUACAUACAACCAUGUUACCAUGUGUGAGUACAGCAAUUUGGCUCAUUCAAUGUUAUUUCUUUUAAAAGACAAGGAAACUAAAAUAUGAUUAUUCAUUAAGUGCUAUGAAAUAUGAUGAAACUUGUUGAAGACAAAACAGAGUAAUGAAGAUUUCAUCCAACAGCCUUUGUAGUUGACAUAAUUUUAAAGGUUGAAACUGAAACCAUUGGAAUACCUAAGGGUUGGGGGGGGGGUGAGUGUGCAAAAAUCCAAUUAAUAACACCAUAAAAUAUGUGUGCAAGUGGGGGCACAAUUUUGGGAGUUAGCACCAGACAGCAUUUAGUCAAGCUGUGCCACAAAGCAACACACAUAGACCUGUUUACUCUAAAGAUUUUGGCGUACAAUGUACGAUUUUGAUAUGUAUACACUAUAUAUACUGUAUGUUUACUUUUUACUCUUAAGAAAAUGUAUUGAACAAUUUUGUGAGGAAAUUGUAUGAUUUUUUUCGAGUUUGAGGAUAAACAGGUCUGCACACAGCAGGUGAUUGGAGGCCAUCCUAUGUGCAUGAACUUAAGACACAGGCUGAAUGAAUUUAUGACUUUAAUAAAUCUCCUUACCACCAUUGGGAAUUGAAUGAUCACUUUUUAAGCAGGAUUCAUGAGUUGCACCAACAUAUUAGUGGGAUUAGUGGAUGGGAUGAAACAGCUGCCUUGGAAAACUACCGUCAAUAGAGUAUGAUAUAUGAGGGACUCAAUCAAACUGAAUAUAAAUGGUGGAACAAAUAUGUUAAGGCUUGAACAGAAAAGACAGGACAAAUAAUCAGUUGUCAUGUAUUUUCUUUUCCAGCAUAAACAUAUCUUGUUCCACUAUUUAUUUACUUCAGUAGAGUAUAUCUUUUCUAUUUCAUUGGUGGAGUUCUUCCAGCUAGCAUUUGAAAUCCAAUAAUAGAAUUAACUUAAUAAAACAAUCUAAAAUUAUCUGGGGGGGGGGGGGGGGGGCAGGAGAUAGAGUUUGAAUGAAAUUGGGCCACAUCAAGUAUUCCAUAACAAGCUAUUACAAAUUCAAUAAAGUACAAUGUGCUCAAUCUUUAUUAAUAUAAAAUAAAAGCAUGAAGGCUUCACUUUCUUCCUCCUACUCCUUGUUGCCAGAGACCUGGCAGCGCUGCGUCUUACACAGCUGAGCAACAUUUGGCUUGAGUGAGGAAGCAACUGAGACCCUCAGUAUAGCUUGAAGAUGCUCAUUAGUAAGUUUAGCCCUGAACUUUGACUUGUAAAGUUCAAAGUGGAAAAGAGCUUUUCACACAGAUAGGUAUUCCGAAAAAGGCACAUGAUCUGCUUGAACAACCUGGAAAUCUCAGUGAGGGUGGAGGACAAUGUUCUCAUAAAUUGUCCAUGCUUGUCUGUUUUUUCAUUCACCUCCUUGAACUUAGCCUUGAUUUCAGAAUAGCAAUGAAGAUCAAUCAGAGAUUAAAUCGGUUUGACUAGAGGGGUAGUGGGGGGUUGGGGGGGGGGGGGGUGUCGCAACUUUCACAUUGAAGAAGAAAGAGUCAGCAAACAUUUAAAAAGUGUCUCUGUGUGUUUUGAAGUGAGCAAACAGGAUCAAAUUCUUCCUGUAGCUUUGCAAUGGCAUCAGUAUACUUACUACUGAUUGGUGUGCCCGAGUCCAUGAGUACUUUGCAUGCUGGGAAAUGGCAGAGGUUUCUCUCAGAACCAUAACACAAGUUUUGUGCAGAAUACCCUGAUAUUGUCAUAGGUAACACUGUGUAAUGUCAACUAGAAAAACGAAGUCCAUGAGUCAUUUGGGAUCACUUAGUACAGGAACAAUCACCCCAUUCUUCUCCAUGAAGUCUUUGAAGGCUAAACGUGUUCAAACAGUAGGCAGGAGCAGGCAAUAUUUAUGAAUUAUUGAUGCAAAGGAAGAUGCUAUUGUAGGGAGAAUGAAUUUUGAUAUUUUUAUCGUUGAAAAUGCCUUUUUGACUGACCCUUUUUUGAAAGUGACCAAGCUGCCAGACUUGGAAUUUCCCUCACUCAUAUAAGAUUGCAACAAGUUACACAAUUAUGAUUGUGCCUUACCCACUAACUGAAUUUUAAAAACUUUUAGUCCGAUUUUAAAACGCGUUUUACCAUUAUAAUCAACGUCCAAAUCUAUACAAAUAUAAUAAAAUCAGAAUUAGACUGUCUGUGAGAUUCAACUGAAAAUUCCCGAGGGGUCACAUUAUAGAUAUAAGAAUGGGGAAAACGUGUGGGCCGCAUUAACUCUAAACUUUACUGUCAGGUAUCUGGCCACAAAAUAUUGUCUUGCGGGCCAUGAGUUUGAGACCCCUGAUUUAUGAUGAUACUGUUUUUUAAGGUUGAUUUAUAUUUAUUUUUCCUAGCUAUUGUUUGGUGUGCCUUCAGACUCUUUUAUCUAAUCCUGGUUCACGAUGCCCACAAUGUCGAUCUAACAUUGAUUCACUAAUCCCUGCUGUUGAAAUGGAAAAAAAAAUGUUAGAAUGUUCAAUUCUUUGUUCAGACUGCCAAGUUGACGUAAGAAUUAAGACUGACCAUUUUAUAUAUUUUAUUUUUUAAUGUGUUAAUUCUUAAUAAGAGUUUUCUUAAUCUUCAUUUUAAGAUAAUAAAAUAUUAUAACUAAUAUAUAGAUAUCAUUUUUAAUUAAAUGAAAAAAAAAAUAGUUAUGUUUAAUUUCCACUUAAUUCAAGUGAAUUGCUUUAUAAAUGAUAUCUUAUUUUUGGUAUAUUUACUAACUAAUUUUAGAUAUUAGCUGCUUCUAUGAAGGACCAUAAGUUGAACUGCCCGGCAGUCACACGGAACAGGGUACAAGUUUCUCAGUCAACACAGUUUGAAGGUGUCGCAGGUGGAUCGGCGUAAGUAACAGAUACACAUUCGCACAUUUAUUUUUUUUAUGACAAUUAGAUUAUUCGUUAUUUUAUGUAAAUUUUCAGUUUACUCGUAUGCCUCGUAUAAGAUCAAACUACAGCAAGAACUGUUACCAGGACAUUAUUAUAUUACUUUACUAAGUUAAUUUUAAAUUCGAUUAUAUAUUAAUUCAUGCAUAACCAAAUUAAAAUGUUAUUAAAAAAUUAAAAUGAAACGUUUAAAAUUUAUCUUUUUUUUAGUAAUCUACCCAAUAGAUCUACAUUUAAAUGCCCAUACUGUAAUGAAACAAACCUCUUGUGUACCCAACUUGUUGAGCACUGCAAUACGUACCACAAGGGUAGUAGAAAAAAAGUGGUAAGUUUCUUUGUUUACUUUCACUAACAAAUCGGGCUUAUUGCAAAGGUUAUGAACAGCAUUGCUAGGGGGACAAUUCAAAGAGUUGGCUAUUGAUAUAUGAAAAAUCUGGGUAUGAAUAUGACUUGCUUGCUUAAAAAGGUUUACUUUUGGGUGUUAGUUUCAUUUAAAACUUAGAUCUAAUGUUAACCAAAGAGUUGCUUUCAUUUCAGUAUAUGAAAUCACCAAUAAAAGUAUUGAUUAUAAAUAAGGUAUGAGUUUAUAAUUUUUAAAAUAUCAUUUUAGGUGUGCCCUGUUUGUGCCUCAAUGCCAUGGGGAGAUUCACGUUUUAAAAGUGCCAAUUUUCUUGAACAUCUCAAUGCACGCCACCGAUUCGAGUAUGAAACUUAUGUGGUGAGUGCAGUAUUCAAAUAUUCAUUUUUCAAUUAUUAUUAGUACCUUUUUUUUUUACUACCACUACUAUAACUAGCAAUUUAGAAUUAAUGUACCUGUAUGUAAAACUUGAACUUUAGGGCAAGCUUUCACUUAUGGGCUGCUACUGUAAUGGUGGGCCAAUUUAAAAAAAUUCAUGUCACAUUGCAAAAAUUGCCUUUUCUUCAAAGCAAGUUUUAAAAUCACACUUUUUAUUUAUACAGAACCAACUAAGAAAUAAAUAAAUUUACAUCAUGCAUGUUUUGACCUUGCAUAAACUCUUAAAUAUUUUAUUUUUUGGUGAAGUUAUUGUUAUAAUUUACCUAAGUCAUGAAAAUUUUACUAUAAUUUUAGGACUAUGAACAAGAUGAUGAUGCGAUGCUUCAACUUGCCUUGGAAGCAUCUUUGCAAUAUCAGUAAUAUCAGUGACUCUAGUCAGAACAAGAAUUGAAAAAAAAAAGGGUUUUCUUCAAGUAAAUUUACACAGGUUAAUCAAAAAAAUAUAACAUUCAUUUGAUAGCAAGGUUAAGUAGUAGAUUUUUAAAGAUGAAUUUAGUUUAGUAUAAGCACUAGGGGGUUGACAUCAAAUGAGAAAUGCAAAUUUGAUAGAGCUUGCUCAAGUUGGUUAAAUAAAAGAUUGUAGCUAAAUACAAGUGCAGGGUGUCACCAGAGCAGGUUGCAAAAGAUCAGGUACGGGUUGCCAUUAGUGCAGGCUGUCACCAGACAGCAGGGUGCCACCAGAGCAGGCAGAUUCUUAGAAAGUCCAUGAUGGAGUCUGAUAAAAGGUGACACCAUGAGUUUAACGCACUUGGUGACACCACUGACUCUACUUCUCUUUGAUUAUUGUGAAAAGGUAUGGUGCAAACAAUGAAAAUAUAUUUAAGUUAUUAUUAAUGUACCAUGUAGGUAAUUACCAGUAUUUAAUUAUUUUUUUUUAGUUUGAAUAACUCUUAAAUAAUAUUAUUAACAAAGAUUUCAUAGUAUAGGAGUUUUAUUAAAACUUUUAGUGCCAAUAGACCUCAUUAUUUCCUACAUGUUUAUUUCUCUAGCUUCCAUUCAGCAUGCUUUAUCAGGACAAGCUGCAAAUGUACAGUCAUCUUAACAUUCCACAUAACUGAUUUCAGUUCCUGCUACAGAAUCCAUUUGCAUUUGAACAGCUUUAAUCUACCGUGUACCACCCUAUCAGCUAAAACAAAAUAUUUGCCGAUCUUAUUAUGCUCUGUAUCAUUUCUUGAUUCACUUUGAAUCUACCAAUUAUUUUGGUUUGCAUGUGUG